AUGGUGGAGUACUGGCAACAGUCAGGACUCAGCUACAUCCGCUUCUCCCAGAUCUGUGCAAAGGCAGUGAGGGAUGCAUCGAAGACAGACUUCAAAGCAAAUGCCAAAAAGGCUUCUGGUAGCAGCAUAAAAAUUGUGGUAGUGAAAAAAAAAUAA